AUGGCUCGCCGGUGGUCCCUGCGUCCAAGCAUACAAGGCAAGCUGAUCGACGGCAAGUUCCGGAUCUCACAUCAGGGCAGUUUACAGAGCCAUCUACCACAGUGGCACUGGAUUCUCACAGGAGUUGGCAACCAUUUCGGCUGGCCGAGACGCCCAUCAAUAUCACCAAUUCAAGUGGAGCGAUUGUUGGGCAACAACUUGGUGGAUGAUGCAGGUGAGGUGAACUCAAUGCCCGAGCCGCACGAGGCCUCCGGCGAGAAGAGUCGAACUGCUCACCGAAUGCAGAAUUUUUGGGUAGCUGCAGCGGUUUGCACCCACUGCCAGAAAAACGCCAGUAAUGGCACUGCUAACGGGCUUCGCCCUUGA